GGGCCAGCGAGCGCCGCCCCUCCCCGCGGCCGGCGGAGCCUAUCGCCGGGAGCGCGGAGCGCGGAUAAAUGUAGUGCCGCGGCGCGGGGCGGCAGCUCUCCGAGGGGUCGGAGCGCGGCGGAGCCAUGCAGUACCCGCACCCCGGGCCGCCGCCGGCGGGCGCCGUUGGGGUGCCGCUGUACGCGCCCACGCCGCUGCUGCAGCCCGCACACCCGACGCCGUUCUAUAUUGAGGACAUCUUGGGCCGGGGACCCGCCACGCCCACGCCCACCCCCACGCUGCCGUCCCCCAACUCCUCCUUCACCAGCCUCGUGUCCUCCUACCGGACCCCGGUGUACGAGCCCACGCCGAUCCACCCCGCCUUCUCGCACCACUCUGCCGCCGCGCUGGCCGCCGCCUACGGACCUGGCGGCUUCGGGGGCCCGCUGUACCCCUUUCCGCGGACGGUGAACGACUACACGCACGCCCUGUUCCGCCACGACCCCUUGGGCAAACCUCUGCUCUGGAGCCCCUUCUUGCAGAGGCCUCUGCAUAAGAGGAAAGGUGGUCAGGUGAGAUUCUCAAACGACCAGACCAUAGAGCUGGAGAAGAAGUUCGAGACCCAGAAAUACCUCUCCCCGCCAGAGAGGAAGCGUCUGGCCAAGAUGCUACAGCUCAGUGAGAGACAGGUGAAAACCUGGUUUCAGAAUCGACGUGCUAAGUGGAGAAGACUAAAACAGGAGAACCCUCAAAGCAAUAAAAAAGAAGAACUGGAAAGUUUGGACAAUCCCUGCGAUCAGAGGCAAGACAUGCCCAGCGAGCAAAAUAAAGGUGCUUCUUUGGAUAGCUCUCAAUGUUCACCCUCCCCUGCCUCCCAGGAAGACCUUGAAUCAGAAAUUUCAGAAGAUUCAGAUCAGGAAGUGGACAUUGAGGGUGAUAAAGGCUAUUUUAAUGCUGGAUGAUGACCACUGGCAUUGUCAUGUUCGGAAAACUGGAUUUGGGAAUAACAUUUUGCCACAGAAAAUCUUCAUAGAAGAACUGGAAAGCUGUGUGAGAAAGGGAAUUAAUUUUCUGAUAUAUUCUGGAAACCUGAAAUAUUUGGUGUACUAGUUAAUUAACAAUCUCCCACAUUGAAACCUUGAUUUUGACUUUAGGUUGUUUUGGUAAAGUGACUUUUUUUUUUUUUUCCUUAAAAAACGAAGCCUUCAUAUCACUUGAAUAAAGUGACAUUUAUUCACAAUGGUUAAAUUCACCCCUCCUUUUAAAAAAGUAAGUUGUUGUUUCUAUUUAUAAAAAAUAAUUUUGAACUGUUUUGUUAAAUUUUAAGUUAUAACUUUAAAGGUUUUAAUAGGAUCUUCUCAAAUGACUUUUCUAUAACCUGUAUUUACAUCUCACUUAAUGGGAAAGCAAAGGGCAAGGAGCCCACAUUUCAGGCAGCCUUGGAAUAUUUUAUAAGGAAACCUUUUUCAGUUUUAUAUGACACUCUUUUACUGUUGCCUCAAAUCCAAAACCAUUUUAGAGCUCUUGAAUUGAGGAUAUAUGUUCUUCUUGUCAGAUGGAGAGAGACAGAGAUAAGAAUCUUAAAUGCUUGUAUUUCACUAUCACUUAGUACUUGUUUGAUCUAGGUGUUAAGGGGGAUAGUACAGUCCAAGCGGAGAAACUGACUCGUCGGUGGCUAAUCACAGAUGAACUAGAAGUCGAAGGCUAAUUGAAUGUAAGUAGAGUGUAGAUAUUAUGUUUUAUAUCAAUGUUCAUAAUGUGUAUAAAUAGAAUUGUUCACUGUAAAAAAAAGGCGCCCUAUUGGCCCUCCAUUAAAAAAAAUUAUUAACUUGUCUAUAAAAUAAAUCCGUCCAUGCGACGACUGACUUCUA